UGCUGCUCUCUGUGCGUGCUCUUCCCUGCAGUCCUGCACUGACCUCACUCAGUCCCAGCUCUCAGUCACCGCUUACUUUUCACAAACAACAUGAGUUACAGAACCUACUCGCUGCAAUCCUCCGGGCCUCUGCCAUCGGCCCACAUUUCUCUCAACCGCUCGACGCCCCCCUCCAGUUUCCGGGCUGUCAGCACCUAUGGCGGGGCUGGCGGGCAUGGAACAAGGAUCUCCUCGGCCUCCCACUCGGGAGUGCGGGGCUCCGUGGCGCCACCUGUCUCCUUCUCCUCCUUCCAGCUGAGCAGCGGCGGCGCAGGCCUCGGUGCGGCAGCCGCGGCUGCAGCCGGAUCCGGGAGCGGCAGCGCGGCCGAGAUCCUGGGGAACGAGAAGGGAGCCAUGCAGAACCUGAACGACAGGCUGGCAAACUACCUCGAGACGGUGCGUAACCUGGAGCAGGCCAACGGCAAGCUGGAGAGGCAGAUCAGGGAGUUCCUGGAGAAGAAGGGUCCCGACGGCCACGACUACAGCCGCUACAACCCCAUCUUGGAUGAGCUGCGUAAGAAGGUGUUUGACCAGACGGUGGACAAUGCCCGGCUGGUGCUCCAGAUCGACAAUGCCCGUUUGGCUGCGGACGAUUUCAGAGUCAAGUAUGAGGCAGAGCUGGCCAUCCGGCAGUCCGUGGAGGCCGAUAUUGCCGGACUGAAGAAAGUGAUCGACGACACCAGUGUCGGCCGUAUGAACUUGGAGAGUGAGAUCGAGGCGGUCAAGGAGGAGCUGAUCUUCCUCAAGAAGAACCACGACAAUGAAGUUAUGGAGCUGCGCAGCCAAAUUGCUCAGUCGGGUGUCCAAGUGGAUGUCGAUGCUCCGAAAGGACAAGAUUUGUCGAAGGUUAUGGAAGAGAUAAGAGCCAAAUACGAGAAUCUGGCACUCAAGAAUGCAGAGGAACUUAAGAACUGGCAUGAGAACCAGAUCUCGGAAGUGCAGGUCCAGGUGUCGCAGAACACAGAGGCGCUUCAGGGUGCCCGUACAGAAAUGAGCGACCUGCGCAGACAGCUGCAGACGCUCGAGAUUGAGCUGGAGUCCCAGCGGAGUUUGAAAGCGUCGCUGGAGGACACUCUGCGCAAUACAGACCUGCGCUACAACAUGGAGGUGGAGAAGUACAACAACAUCAUCAUGCAGUUGGAGGCGGAGCUGAUGCAGCUGCGCAGCAACAUCCAGCAGCAGGGCCAGGAGUACGAGGCACUGCUCAACAUCAAGAUGAAGCUGGAGGCCGAGAUCCUCACGUACAAGAAACUGCUGGACGGCGGGGACUUCAAACUUCAGGACGCUCUUGACGAGCAAGCUUCGAGAGGAAAGUGAAGACAAACGCAAAGGUCGGGACUGGAGAACUAGAGCCCUGAGCUUUCGGCAACACUUCAUUCCAUUUCUUUUAUUUCAUUUUCCAUGCCCUCGUGCCUGAACAGCUUUUUUUUUCAAUGCCGGUCAGAUAACAUACUCAGCAUAUUUUACAAGGGUAUUUCAUCAUACAGCUAUGGUCAGGUUGGACGUACUGUAUUUUUCUUGUAGUUUCAAAUAAAAGCGAGUCUCGACACCU